AUGGAUCAUGCUACCGGGCUCUUGAAGCAGGCAAUCAUCACCAACCCAGACUUGAAAUACUUGACCCAGCAUGUCAUAACAGGGGAACAGGGAUUCCUAUACAGUGUUAUGAUCACGGAUAAUGAAUUGGGCCAUGUUGAUGCACCUCAGGGAACCGCCACAUUCCGAGCUCGAGAAGGUGUUGACAGUGAAGAAACGGGUCUUUGCUUCUUCGCAAAUCAGCAGAUUGACCGGUCUCCCACUGGAGGAUGCGUUGCUGCGCGUGUGGCCUUAGCUCAUGCUAAAGGAGACUUGUCUGUUGGUGAGAAACGAAUGUAUAAUUCACUUGUGAACCGGUCUCACAAGGCCUUAGCUGGGUUUGUUGGCUCUGUAUUCAGCGUAGCUGAAGACCAACAGUCUGUGGAUGUGCGCGUUGAAGGAUACGCAUUUUAUACUGGAUAUCACUCGUUUGUUGUUGAAAGUGAAGAUGGACUGGGGAUUGACGGAUUCUCCAUGAAAGACAUCUCUUUUUAG